GCAGCGACUCGGUCACCAGAGCUGAAUCCCAGCAGAGAUAGCAGCAAGCAGGCACUUCCACGCCGCGCAGGCUAACUCGCUUUCGGCUUUGGUUCGACAUGGAGGCUCGGUGGACCGCAAGAUGCUCCGGCACGCGCAACUUUAAGAGUGGACUAACCCUGUGGUUGAUUCUGUGGCUGGUGGUGGUGAAGCCGGGCGGGGUUACUGCAUGUCCCAGGCUGUGUGUGUGUUACCCCACGCCCAUGACGGUCAGCUGCCAGUCCCAGAACCUCACAAUAGUGCCAGCUGGCGUGCCCUACGACUCGCAGCGUGUCUUCCUGCAGAACAACCGCAUCACAGAGCUUCGCGCAGACUCCUUUGGCUUUGAGACACAGGUGUUGUGGUUAUACGGCAACAACAUCACGUGGAUUGAGGCUGGAGCCUUCAGUAACCUCAGGAUCCUGGAAGAGCUGGAUCUGGGUGACAACCCCUCGUUGCGGCAUCUGGAAGGUGGAGCGUUCAGGGGCCUGGAGAAGCUGCAGAGCCUGCACAUGCAUCGGUGCAAGCUGGCCACUCUCCCCCAUGACAUCUUCCACAAGUUGUACAGCCUUCAGUUUCUCUACCUGCAGGAAAACCAACUCCACUUUCUUCAGGAUGACCUGUUCUCAGAUCUGGUCAACCUAACCCAUCUGUUCCUUCAUGGAAAUCGUGUCCGUACCCUCUCUGAAAAUGUGUUCAGAGGCCUGGUCAACUUGGACCGCCUCCUUCUCCAUGACAACCGCAUUAGGCAGGUAAACCGUCGGGCUUUCCGCGACCUGGGCCGUCUGACCAUCCUUUACCUUUUCAACAACUCCCUGGCUGAGCUGCCGGGUCAGGCCAUGAAAGACACUCAGGGCAUCCAGUUUCUGCGCCUGAAUGAGAAUCCCUGGUCCUGUGGCUGCGAGGCCCGUCCCCUGUGGGAGUGGUUCCGUAAAGCCCGCAUAUCCUCUUCUGAGCUCCUGUGCUCCUCCCCCACUCAGCGUCGUGGCCAAGACCUCAGAUUCCUGCGGGAAAUGGACUUUGCUCUCUGCCCCCUGCCCGACCCAGGCUCACUGGCUGGAUCCACCACAACCACCUUCAGCACCAAGACCCGCUGGUGGUUUUCCAAGAACAAGCCUGCAUCCUCAUCCAAGUCCUCAUACCAGAAGAGCUCAGAAACAGUGAAAGCCUUCCCAUUCUCCCCUGUCAAGCCUCAGUCCAUCCCAAAAAUUGCAUCUGACACAAUCCCCUCCAAGUAUGAACUGUCAGACGAUGAGGCAGCACUCCCUAAGCUGGAUCCAGAAGAGUACUGGGCCAAUUAUGGCAAUGAAGACUCAUCCAUCCGCUGCUAUGAGUUGGAGUGUCCUCCAAACUAUGACAGUGCAGCCUUCCCCUCAUCUUCCUCUCAAAUCAUCACCCCAAAAACUCUCCACCUACUCGUCUUCUCCAUUGUCAGUCUCUCCCUCCAUUUCCUUUUUAGCUGAACUCAUUUCCUCUUGCCCCCCUUUUCUAUCCUCUGAUUUCUCCUCCUGCUCUUUACUAUUCUAACUAAAACUUGCAUCUUGAAUCUUUUCAGUUCCCUCCUGGUUAUGCAGGGGUUACUACACUGAUCAAAGAGACAGGUUAGGCAGCAGGGAGCUGUUACAAAUAGCAGAGGUCAAACGAGUUAACAAAGAGCGAGAAAAGAUCCUAAUGAUGAGCUCUAUGCUGCUCCGUAUAUGCAUUUGAAAAGUGGGGAUUGUAUUGCCGAAGGUUAUUCUGCAAGUGACCGGACGACAGCAGAAACCUGGCAAGUAAAAUGGUGGCAUCUCCAGUUGUUUCUUAAACAAUGCAGGCGUUGUGACUCAUCCACAGCUAUUUUCUAUUUUCUGUAUGAACUAGUGUUCACCGUUCAGUCCACACUGACAUUAACUCACGAAAAAAUUAACACUAGUGAAUCAAGGUGGGUUUGGAAUCACUGAAUGUAAGAGAAAGAUGUGGGUGGAUCCAGAAGAGAUUCAAAAUCUCACGCGAUCUCAGAAAUACCAGCAAACUACCACCACUUGUAAAUACCACACAGUCUCACUGUACAUAUACACAUUGCACUUUGUAUAUUAGACUACCUGGAUUUGUACUUUUAUUUUAGUAAACAACCACCUGUGGCGAUAGAAGAGAUAUUUAGAUUGUGAACAAAAUGCAAACCCAUGAACUGUGGAAACCAGAUUUUAGCCCCAGUUAUUUUUCUUUAAUCUCUGUCUCUCUGGCAGUCUGAGAACUUGUUUUACAAUUGAGAGUGGGACAUAAUGUUCAACACUAAACAACAGAAGGCUUGUGCUCCAGAUUCCUAAGUGUGUCUUUCAGUGUUAGUGAGAGCCAAAGAGACCAAAAUACUGAGUAAACCAGCUUGAUAUUUUCCUAGUGUGCCUGUUGAACAGACAGAUUUUAACAGACUGUUAGUCUGGAAUCCCAAACAAACACUAAGAAGGGGGUAAAUGACACCAGUGUAUGGUCCAAAAUGGCUCUUUGUGUUGCUUGAAAGCUUUGGAUUGCUGUCUUACUGCUUCUUGAUCCUUAGCAGGCCUAAGUGUGUAUGUUUCUGCACCACAAUGUGUGUAUUUCUUUCAAACAAGUUCUUUUGCAAGAUAUUAAAGUCUGCAUUUUCAUUUGAUAAUUGCAAAGCAAUCUGUAUAUGUUUUAAAUAAACGUUUUUGGAUUUAAUGAAUCCAGUUCAAUCGCUUGUUCACUAUAACAAUUUGCACACUGAACCCUUUUAUCCCACACAAUGACUUUUAGUGGGAAAUGAAAUUUACAGAGGUUGCAUAUUCCUCCUUAGUCCUAUAUGUUGAAUCUGAUCCCAACCUUAACCAAGACUGUGAGUUCCUGAACAGAACAUAUAAGAUACUCUGAUGUGGUUGGAUUCUUUAUUUUAAAAAGAAAAAUAUGUUUGAUCUGAAAGUGUUUUGCUUUGGUGGAAAAUAAAGGAAAUAAUCAAAGUCA